CAGAUGACCUUUUCAUAUAAGUCAUGAAGCUACGCACUAUAUUUAACUACCGAAAAUUAUUAUGUAACGAAUCCAAGAAGUUCAUCCGACAAAGCAGCACAUUAGCAGAAGCUCAAUCUGAAGAUGUAAUAGAGCUCAAUGCUCAAGUACAUUCGGCUAAAUCGAAAGUCGAAAAUUCGCCUGUCAUGGUUAUGUUGCAUGGUGUAUUCGGAAAUAGUAGAAAUUUCAGUGCGUUGUCUCGAAGAAUUGCGAAGCAGUGCUCUAUUGACGUACAUUGCUUGGACCUGAGGAACCACGGAGACAGUCCUCAUUCCCCCUCCCACUCUCAACCAGCCAUGGCCAAUGACGUCAUCCACUACCUCACCAAUCACAUCUAUCCUUCCAAGUGUAUCUUGCUAGGACAUAGUAUGGGCGGAAGGGUGGCAUUUGACGCUGUCUUCAACAACCCCGAUCUGUUUUGUGCCACUAUCAUUGAAGACUCCAACCCCUUCGCGAGAGAAAUGAAGACACUAGUGACAACAGAUGACAUAAAUUCGCCUUUUGCUGCCAUUAAAAUCCUGAAGAGUGUCGACUUGUCUUACUUUGACGGGAAGAGUGUGUCUGAAGUCAAGGCUGAAAUAUCAGAUGUGCUGGAGGAUAAAAUUCCGAGCAUGGCUGUCCAGGCGUUUCUUCUCACAAAUUUGAUGCAGUCGCCAGACAAAGAUGGAGUACAGUGGAGGUGUAAUGUAUCAGCCAUAGCUAAAUACUUGGAGUCCUACAGGUCCUCGAAAUGGGACACCACUUUCGAGGCAUACAAGAGCAGAUUAACGAAGGGUCCUAUUGAUGUACCGAUGCUGUGUGUGAGAGGUGCCAAGUCCAACUAUAUUUUAGACAAGGACAUCGAGCAGCUGAAACAUUUGUUUUCGGACGUAUCUUUAACAACACUGGACACAGGUCACUGGGUGCACUCGGAGAAACCAGCCGAGUUUCUCAAAGAAGUCAUCACAUUCCUAACGCUUAAGGAGCUAAUAUCUAGCUAAUGAGUUAUAUUAUAUUAGAGAGCUCAUUUGUACUAAUUUAUAUUACCAGCGCUAACAUAGCAAAAAAGUGUAG